ACUCACUGCGCGCUUUUCGUUCUAAGCUGAAAUUGAAUGUGUUUACUUUUGUCGUCGUUUAUAUGUCGUAGUCCCCCAUUAAAUCAUUUUAUCUUAUUAGUUCAUCGGAAAGGGGGAAACGAACGUACGCGGAGCACCAGGCACGCGCACGCACGCACGCACGCACACAGCGGAUAAUUGCGAGCGCUCCCUGCUGCCUUCCACAUGAUCUGAAGUGUGUGCGGCUGAGAGAGAAAGAGAAAGCCGCAGAAAAGAUGGCCGAGCCUAGAAUGCGUUUUUGGGCCACUUUUGCCAUCUGGUUAACAUUCAUCCACUGCUCUAAUGGAAUCCCGUGGACGCAAGAAAAGUUGCAGCACCGAGCAGUCACACUUACAUCCAAUGAGAUCCAGACAGCUUUGUCGCACACAGACGUGUCACAGAUGUGGCAGAGGGACUUGAGGCCAUUACUUGUUACGAGGUAUCCAGGCUCUACAGGCAGCCAGGCUGUGCAGCAGCAUAUUAAAACAACGCUGGGUUCCCUUGGAGCAAGCUGGGAAGUGACAGAAGAUAAGUUCAGUUCAGACACACCUUAUGGGCCACUCCCCUUCACCAACCUCAUUGCCACCCUCAACCCAUCAGCCAAGCGCCGCCUGGUCCUGGCCUGUCACUAUGACUCCAAGUACUACCCUCAACAGUGGCACGGUAGGGAUUUUCUGGGGGCCACCGAUUCCGCUGUGCCCUGCGCCAUGAUGCUGGAGCUGGCACGAGCCCUCGAUGGAGAGCUGAAAAACCAAAAGGCCUCCAUCCCCAACUUGACCUUGCAAUUGAUUUUCUUCGAUGGAGAGGAAGCUCUCUUCCGCUGGACCUCUCUUGACUCUUUGUAUGGCUCUCGUCACUUAGCACAGAAGAUGGAAAACACCCCGCAUCCUCCAGAAGACACAGACACCAAUCAACUGGAUGGCAUAGAUCUAUUUGUGUUGUUGGACCUGAUCGGGGCCCCAAGUCCACGUUUUGGUAACCAGUUCCCAGAGACAACGCACUGGCUCUCCCGGCUGCAGAACAUAGAAAAACGUCUCCACUCCACGAAUCAACUUCAAAAUCAUCCUUACGAUGUGGAAUAUUUCUGGCCAGAUCGACCUAUUGCCCACAUUCAAGAUGAUCAUUUGCCGUUCCUAAGCAGAGGUGUCCGCAUCCUCCACCUUAUUCCCUCUCCUUUCCCCGUCGUGUGGCACACAUUUGAUGAUAAUGAGCAGAACCUGGACCGCUCCACUAUUGAGAACCUCAACAAGAUUUUACAGAUCUUUGUUCUGGAGUACCUUAAUGCCCGACCUGCCGUUACCACAAAUACCCCGUAAAGACACUAUUGUACAUCUUUUUUCAAUCAUGAACAUUUCUUAACUUAUUGAAAUGGAAGGUUAAAAUGUAAAAAGGUGCAUUUUGUUUACAAAUGUAGACAUGAACUCAUACUGGCUUAUGUGAGUUUGAGCCCAAAAUCCCAAGCAGUAUCACACAUUUUUGUUAGGACACAUCAUAUCGUGAAAGCAAAACUAUUAUCCAUGUAUGUAAAUACUGUACAUCAUACGUUUGAGGCUCAAAUUGAAUUUAAAUUUGAAUUUUCUCAUCUCUUUUGAAAAGUAGUGAAAUAAAAUCAAAUACCUGUUAGUCUUGUACAGCACCAAUUACUUUUUUUGUCAUGUGACGUCAUGUAGCCGCGAAGGGAACACACACAAAUUUGAGUUUGUAGUUUUAGUCUUGUGAUAUGUGUAUGACGAUGUCGACUUAUUUGUAUUGUAACAACAUCUUUAGCCCUCCAUAUCCUGUCUUCUUAGGUUGCAAAAUGAAUAGCCUCCUAUGCUGGUGUACUUCAUUUGCCUGCCUUUUUUUGGUAAUUAUUAGUCGGAUCUUGAUCUACUCGAAUGGAAAAUACCAGCACUCUACUUUCUGUAUCAUGGGUCAGAAAUAAAUGUUUCAUCACAAUACAAGGAAGUUCA